CCUAGAUACUAUGUUUACAAACAGCUUGCGGAUGGACUCGCCCUUGUGCGGCGAAUUAGUGAUGGCGAGAGCUUCAUAGCGCACACAUUCGAAACUCCCCGGAAUAGAGACGUGCCACUCACCACAGCACAACAACUGGUCCAGCGCGGAGCCGGCGUCGCAGCAGCCAACGUCCUCAACCACGAGAACCUGGUGAGCAUAAACACAGAGGUGAUUAACUACCCGCUGCAGGGCCUCGGCGGGAGCUACGACCAACCCAAGCGCAUUCUCAUGUGGGACUGGUGCGACGGCGGCACGCUCGAGGCUCUGUUCAAAAACCCGCCGCUGCGCCCAACGGACGGCGGUUUCCUGCCCGAGGGCCUCAUAUGGGAGGUGGCACUGGGCAUGCUGCGCGCACUGCAGUGGCUGCACGAGGGCAUCCGCGACGUCUACGGCGUUGGCCCCGGCCUCGCUUUCCGCGGCGGCCGCUGCAUCCGCCUGAGGAGCACGACGACCCCCGAAGCCGACUGGCUGCCCAUCCUGCACCGCGACAUCCGGCCCGAGAACAUCUUCCUCCAGCAGCCCAAGGGCAUCGAGUCGUACGGCGCCGUCAAGCUCGGCAACUUUUCCAACGCGUACGUCUCGGGCUCGACCGGCGGCGCCGCGCCCGUCGUGGCUAUGGAGAAAGACAGCACUUCAACCGUCCGGCUGGCGCAGGUGCGUGCGCGCCGCGCGCGGUGGGCUACUGAAGGACAGGUCUUGCCCCAGAACGAGCGACCGUACACGAUUGGCACUGAGCUGUAUGCCCUCGGCGCGAUCCUGUACCACAUGAUGCGGGGCAAGGCGCUGCCGGCGGCCGAGGAGUGCGUGCUGUGCGGGUGCAACCACGUCAUCGACCCGGCGGCGGCAACGAAUCGGCCGCGGUGCCCGCACACGUGUCUCGAGGACGUCGACAUUGACCAGGUAUUCGAGCCGCUCCGGCAGCAGCAGCAGCAGCGGCCCGUCGGCAGGCGCUACUCGGCCGGCCUCUGCAACCUCCUGCACCUCCUACUGUGCCUCAACCGCAGCGGCGACGUGCACGCUAGCCACGUCCUCGACUCGUUUUGGUCCGACUACGCGUGGUGGGCCGAUAAUACUGCUGAUGGCCGCCUCCAUCGCGACCUGUUUGACGACAUCUGGUUUAGGAAGCAGAAUGCCCGCCGCCACAGGGCCGAGCAGCUAGAGGCGGCCAGGGAG